AUGGCAAUCAGACUUUCAAACUUUAUUGGCGACCCUUUUGCCAUUGCCACGGUGUCGUUCGGCCUCAUCGCGUGGAUAGUGGCCAUAGCAGGCGCGGGCUCUUCUCCACAGUCACAUUUCCCCAGGUUUACCUGGUGGGGCAUCGUAUAUGAACUUUUGAUCAUUUUGCUCAUCACGUUUUUAUAUCUUACAAACACCAUCGAGCUCUACAAAUUCACGCUUGUGGGUCUCAUAGCCGUGGCGUUUGUGUAUACCACCAAUUCCGCCAACGGGUUGGUUUAUGAGUCCAAUUCCGGCAAGCUUUGUUGCGCUGCGGGGUGCAUUUUAUUAUCCAUGCUCAACUUGAUCUGGAUUGUAUACUUUGGAGGCCACCCUGAGUCGCCCACCAACCAGUUUAUCGACUCCUUCCUGAUCAAGCUGCACACACAUAACCACGGCCAGUUGUCGAGUGACGAAAAACACGACGAUGACCUUCGCGUAGCCCCAGCUCCGGAAGCAUUCCAAGACAACAAUUUACGCCAAUCGCAAAACAAGACACCUUACAUGCUGCUGUCGCAGUUGAAUGGAUUGGAAAACUUUUCUUCCGCCGAUGUCCGCCAGCUGCGUGAUCUCACCAAUUCUCGCCGACAAACGGUGAUUGCCGAUGAGGAAGACGCCCCAGUAUUCCGCUACAAGGCAAGAGCACUCUAUAGCUACUCGGCCAACCCUGAAGAUAUCAACGAGAUCUCGUUCACCAAAGACGAAAUCUUGGAUGUCGACGAUAUCGAUGGAAAGUGGUGGCAGGCUAGACGGGCUACGGGAGAAGUGGGGAUCUGUCCUUCGAACUACGUCAAGUUGAUCGAGUAA